AUGUCUACAGUUAAAACAACACUACUUCUUGGAGCCUUAGCCAUUUGUGGCGCCCAAACAACAGCAGCAUUUUCCGAUUCAAUUUUCCAAAAAGCUUUAUCGCAAUUUGGACGAAAAAUUUUUAAUGAAAUUCUAACAAAUGAUGGACCACAAAAUAUUAUUCUAUCUCCCUUUGCCAUUCAAUCGUGUUUGACAAUGUUGCAAAUGGGUGCUGAUGGUCAAACUGCUGAGCAGCUACAACGUGGCUUAAAUUUUGCCAACAUUAAUAGGGAGCAAUUGACCAGCAAUUAUCACUCCAUACUGGCAAAAUAUCAACAAGGAGACAUACUAAAAAUUGCCAAUAAAAUCUAUGUAAUGCAAAACGAAGAACUCAGAGAUGAUUAUAAUGAAAUCUUAUCCCAAAAUUUCUAUACAACUGCAGAAAAUAUCGAUUUCACUCAAGUUGAAAAUGCCACAGCCGCAAUUAAUACUUGGAUUGCCUCGAAGACAAACAAUAUGAUUAGGGAUUUGAUAACUGAGGAUAGCAUAAGUCCUUAUACCCGCUUAUAUAUUUUAAGUGCAAUUUAUUUCAAUGGCAAAUGGGCUAAAGCAUUCCCGAAGGAAUCAACGAAAGAAGAAUAUUUCUAUUUGGAUACGAAGAAUUUUCGAAAAAUUCAAAUGAUGAGAGUACAAUCGAAAUUUAAAUUUGGUUUUGUGGAUGAAUUGGAAGCAUCGGCGGUUAUAUUACCUUAUGAGGAUAUUGAUCUUUCGAUGUUAAUUAUUUUACCCAAUGCAAUUGAUGGUUUGGCAAAUAUUACACGGAAGUUACAGAAUAUAGAGUUGUCUUCACUUAUUGCAAGAAAAGUGAAAUAUGCCAUGGAAGUUGAUUUGCAGAUGCCAAAAUUUAAAGCGGAAUUUAAAAUCAAGCUGAGUGACAUACUUAAAAAGGUAGGAUUAUUAUUAAUACGUAUUAUUAAAUUACAUACACUAGAUUCGUCGGAAAAAUAUCGCAAGUUUAAAUUUUUACCUAUAAGAGAUAUGAGCAUUUUGCGUAUGGGCAUGGCUAAAAUGUUCUCCAGUCGCAAUUUUGGUAAGAUGUUAAAAUCACCAGGACCCUUGGCACUGUCCGAAGUAAUCCACCAAGCAUCGAUUGAAAUUAAUGAGGAGGGAACAAAAGCUGCAGCAGUUGCAGCUGCCGAUGCAUAUCUGCGUUCAUCUUUGCCGGUCUUUGAUUUCAAGGUUAAUCGUCCAUUUUAUUAUGCCAUCAUCAAUGAAGAUUUUAUACCAUUUUUUGAGGGGACAUUCGUGGGAGUUUAA